CGACACGGCGAGCUGCCAUUCCCCGGCCAAACUUGCGCUUUAAAAGUUCCAGAUCGUGCAAAUUCCGUCUGCGUCGGCGAAAAGGACAGCAGCGGUCGGAAUCCUUGACGGGCGCAACGAGCGAGCACCGUGUCGCCGGCAGCCCUCGCUGAUCUCGUGUUUUCAGCGGGUGGUGGAAUAUUAGGAAAGGCCGCAACCUUUCGGAGCGGCCCACUGCCAAAUAAGGCAAAGGAUGUCAGCCGACGCCUCCGACGCCGACUGCUGAUAGAGCUAGACAGACGGCUGGACGUCACUGCGUGUUUUCCGGAGGAUUCAUCGAAACGUCGCCAGUGUUUUAAUCCCGGCGCUGGCUGCGUGCAUCCGACAUCAGUGGGGAAACUCGGCCAAGCGACGUGAUCCAGAAUCGGACGCCCCGCGUUGGUUAGCGGUCUGCAAUGUCUUACUCUACCAAGUACACCUUAGCCACUCUGCCACGGACGCAGAGGGGCCAGCCCAUUGUGUUGGGUGGCGAUCCUAAAGGAAAGAACUUCCUGUAUACGAAUGGAAACAGCGUCAUCAUUCGGAACAUUGAGAACCCUGCUAUCUCCGACAUCUACACUGAGCAUUCUUGUGCUGUUAAUGUUGCUAAGUACUCCCCCAGUGGCUUCUACAUUGCAUCUGGAGACCAAUCUGGUAAAGUUAGAAUUUGGGACACUGUGAACAAAGAACAUCUUCUCAAGAAUGAAUUUCAACCCAUUGCUGGUCCAAUUAAAGACAUCAGUUGGUCUUCUGACAACCAGCGAAUGGUUGUUGUGGGAGAGGGCAGGGAAAGGUUUGGUCAUGUAUUCAUGGCAGAGACUGGUACGUCAGUUGGAGAAAUUUCGGGACAGUCUAAGCCCAUCAACUCUGUUGACUUUAGACCAACAAGACCGUACCGAAUUGUAACUGGUAGUGAGGACAAUACUAUUGCUGUCUUUGAGGGACCUCCAUUCAAAUUCAAGAUGACUAAGCAGGACCACACCCGAUUUGUUCAAGCUGUGCGCUAUUCUCCCUCUGGUUCUCACUUUGCUUCUGGAGGCUUUGACGGGAAAGUUUUCUUGUAUGAUGGAGCUAAAUCUGACCUAGUGGGAGAAAUUGGAACACCUGCUCAUAAGGGUGGUGUUUAUGCUGUUGCAUGGAGCCCCGAUGGCAAGCAACUGCUGACAGCUUCAGGUGACAAGACAUGUAAACUCUGGGAUGUUGAAACUAAAUCUGUUGUCACUGAGUUUAUGAUGGGCACCCAGGUGGAGGACCAGCAGGUGUCCUGUUUGUGGCAAGGGCCUCAUCUGCUGACAGUAUCUUUGAGUGGAUUCAUUGCCUAUUUGGAUCCCAAUAACCCAGAGAAGCCUAUAAGAGUUAUCAAAGGCCACAACAAACCUAUCACUGUCCUUGCUUUAAGCCCAGAACGUGAUACUAUUUACACUGGAUCUCAUGAUGGUUAUGUAACAACCUGGGAUGCCAAAUCAGGUGAAAAUGAUAGAAUUCAGGGUAUUGGACAUGGAAACCAAAUUAAUGGCAUGUGCACUGUAGGCAACCAUGUGUACACAUGUGGAAUUGAUGACAGUGUAAAACAGAUUGACGCCACGUCUAAGACUUACACCGGAGUUGAUACGAAGCUUGCGUCUCAACCACGUGGCAUGGACUUAAAAGGAGACACUAUUGUGACUGCUUCAGUAAAGGAGAUAACUGUCAUUAAAAAUGGGAGCAAAGUGUCCAGCCUGCCGAUCAACUAUGAGUCCUCUUGUGUCAGCUUGAGCCCCCAGGAUGGCCAAACCUAUGUAGCUAUUGGUGGAGCAACUGAUAACAAGGUUCAUGUCUAUGACCUUGUGAAUGGCCAGCUGAGCCCCAAGGCAGAGUUGGAUCAUUUAGGUCCAGUGACAGAUUGUGCAUUUUCUCCAGAUGGCAACUACCUUGUUGCUUGUGAUGCAAACCGUAAGGUUAUCCUUUACAAAUCUCCAGAAUUUGAGCUUGCUCACAACAAGGAAUGGGGAUUCCACAAUGCUAGAGUGAACUGCGUGGCAUGGUCUCCAAACUCCCAAUUCGUUGCCAGUGGUAGCUUGGACACCACCAUAAUUGUGUGGAGUGUGCAACAGCCAUCUAAGCACAAUAUUGUCAAAAAUGCUCAUGCUCAGAGUCAAAUUACUCGUUUGGCGUGGCUAGAUGAUGAAACUCUUGUAUCUGUUGGUCAAGAUUGCAACACCAAGGUUUGGAGUAUCACACCAUUCUAAAAUGGUUGAGUGCCCUUAAAUUUUGGAGAAAAUUGGAAUCAUACAUGCAGAUAUAUAUAAUAAUCUGUGAUGAGUCAUGUAAUAUAAACUUUCAUGAAUCUUCUUUUUCUAAAAAAAAUAAUUAAUAAACUUGCAAAUAGUUUGUAAGGGAUCAGUCCCUGUUAAACUUACUUCUUAUUGAAUAUGUUCACACACUUCUUUUGGUUGUACCGUUAUAUGUCAUAGGAGUCACACCCUUAUGUAAGAACUUUUCUUCAUUGUCACUGGCAUGAGAACUGUGGUGUAGAGGAGAGAAGCUUCAUAAUAUAUGGCUAAUAUCACUCUUGAAGAUAAGUUCAAAAAAUUGUAAAAAAUCUAUUUAUUCCUGUUCUUCCAUUAUAGUAUCACUACUGUCAUGUUAUCAGUGAUCAAAAAUUAUUUUUCAAUGAUUGAUUUUUCAAUGGUUGAUAUUUUUUCUUUGAAAGAUUAUUUAUACUCUAUUAAUGUUUGGGGGGGUUUUAUGUUGAAGAGUCACUUUUUAAAUGUGCCCUGGCCAAAAAAAAUAUUCCAUGUAUUUUAUCACAACUUCUGGGUUUGGCCUUUUAAAAAUAAAUAUUAAAAAAUAUUCAUUAUAGCCUUUCAUCAUCCUCAAUUGUUGUGCCCAGUUCUUGAAAUGAAACGCUUCCACUGCUGCCAAGCCUUACAUUGGUAGUGUGGGUUUUUCAAAGAGUCUUUGGCUGCAACCUGUCUUAUUUGUGUUAUCAUUCAUAAUUAUUGGGUGCUUAAAUUUUGAGCUCAAAUACAUUGAGGUACAUUGCAGUGAAAGAUAAAAUUAACACAUCUCUUGAUUCUUUAGUAAGACACACUUUGUGCUUGCUCUAUGGUCUUGUUGUGAUUGUGUGCCCACCAAAGGCAGUUUUGUUUUAUCCAAAUCAUUUUUCUUUUACUCACCCUUUACCAUGUUUGUUAAAUCCUAAUAUCAAAGUGUGUUUCAAUUUAUAGUUUGUGAUAUUUUAUUUUUAGUUGCUUUCAUUUUUAUGGUUUUAUGUCCUGUUUUAACAAAUAAAUAAUGUAUAUGUACAUGUGCCCUUCCUAACGUGCAAUCAAUUGUCAUGCAGUGAAGUUUGACUUUGGUGUGUACCAUUUGCAUGGUUUGGUCAUGGUGACCCCCAUCGUACCUGCCUGAAUUAUGUAGCUGACUUAUGAUCUCCAACCAAAGUAUAUUGCAAGAAGUGGUAUUGUGUGUAUGAAUUUCAUUAUAUAUUAGCUCUAUGUCAAUGGACAGUAUUAAUAUCAUGGUACACUACUCAUCAAUACAUUAUAUUGCAAUAGGUUUAAGUUAUUGGUUGUGUCCUGGUUCCUUCCCUCUUUUGUAUUAAAUUUAAAAUUGGCUUCCUGGACUUGUGUGCUAGGUGUGGAAGUUUGACUAAUUUGUCUAAGGAGUGAUCCCUUUUGUAACAGUGUUAUUUGAGUUUGUAGCUUCAUUUGUAAUAUGCCAAAUUUUGUUGGAUCUUUAGCUGCAGACCAAAGGCAUAUGUAUGUUGUGGACUGAUGCAUUUAUAUUUUGGGUUUAGUGCUAUUAAUGUGGUAUUACCUCUUUA